AUGACUGCAACGCUCGUUCAACUCGCCUGGGCAAUUGCCUCACUCGCUCUUUUUGCACUUGUGGAGGGUCGGUCGUCUCGAGGGAGUCGAGCUGUCCAACCAAGAGCCGCAGCAUGGUCGUAUGUCGGAUGCUAUGUUGACCAAGUUGGGGCACGCACACUGGCGGUUAAUCCUGGUACCACCGGAGGAGAGGCUGCUUUGACUAACGAGAUAUGUACCUCGACAUGCCAAGGCCUUGGUUAUGUCUUUUCGGGCACCGAAUAUGCGGGCGAGUGUUACUGUGCAAACACCUUCACAAAUGGUGGCGGUCCUGCCCCUGACGGUUCCGCUGGUUGCGAUAUGGCUUGCAAUGGAAACUCAUCGGAAAUUUGUGGUGGGCCUAACAGACUCAGUCUUUGGGAUUACAAUAAUGCCAUUGCUACAGUCAUCACGUCGACAAGUAUUGUUUCGUCAACUGCAGCCUCAUCGACGUUCUCAGCUGUGCCAUCAACGAUAGCGGGAUGGAGUGCCAUUGGAUGCUACAAUGACACUGUUGGUUCUCGUACCCUCGCCACAGAAAUCUACAGUAUUCCAGGGGCCUCCAUGACAGUGGACCUAUGCUUAGCCGCCUGUAAAGCCGCUUCAUUUACGCUCGCCGGUCUUGAAUACGCCGGAGAGUGCUAUUGUGAUAGCAAGAUCGAGAACUAUGGCGCAGUGCAAAGCUCUGGCUGCACUAUGCCCUGUAAUGGCAACGCAGCAGAGAUUUGCGGAGGCCCCAACCGUCUGAGCAUGUAUUCCUUAUCUGGCGCUGGCUCAGGCACAUCUUCAGCGUCUGCCUCUGGAACGAGCACCGCAACCACGUCCACAAGUUCAGCACCUGUCAUCACCAGCCUACCAACGGGUUGGAAGUAUGAAGGAUGUUGGAUCGAUCAAGCUUUUGGGCGUAUUCUUGGCACAACCGCAGCUUCCAACUCAGCCCUCACCGUCGAGAGCUGUGUUGCGGAAUGUAUUGCUCUGGGUUUCAGCAUUGCUGGCAUGGAAUACUACACGCAAUGCUACUGCGGCAAUGCUCUGAUCAAUCAAGCAGCUCUGGCUACUGCUGACACCGAUUGCAACACAGCUUGUGGUGGGAACUCGGCUGAGAUGUGUGGAGGUGGAGAUCGCAUGUCGAUUUACUCAAAUAAAACUACUCUCGUUGUGACACCUGUACCACACACUCAGUUGACUGGUCUACCUGGAUUUUGGAACUAUACUGGAUGUCUGCUUGACAACGCCGUGAUUCGGACAUUCCCCUAUCAGCUAGAAUUCCUGAACAACAAUACGGCCACUAAUUGUCUCUCUCAAUGCCAAACAUUUGGAUAUGGAGCAGGAGGCAUGGAAUAUGGAGAGCAGUGCUUUUGUGGUGACGCUCAAAAUGUCAUUGACGCCAAUGCCACUUUGAUGGCUGAAAUAGAAUGCAAUAUGGUAUGUUCUGGGAAUGAUUCGUACAUCUGUGGUGGACCAAGCAGGAUAUCUUACUAUACCUGGAUCGGAACUCCACUCACGAGCUGGGACUUUCCAACUGGCAUUUCUGCUGGCGAAUACCAGUUCCUGAUUGGCGGUGUCAUAAUUCCCCUUGUCUCUCAACCCGGUGUCAAUGGCAAGAUAACGUUCAUGGAAAAGUUCGGUACUGAGCCCGCGAACAAUUCUACUGGCACAUAUGAACUUGAUCUCAAGCUCUUGAAUAAUUUCACAGCAGCUUGGCGGCCGUUGCAUGUCAAGACGGAUGUGUUCUGCUCAGCGAGUCUGACUCUCCCAGACAAGGUCGGGAGGAUGAUCAACAUCGGCGGAUGGGCCAACGAUGCUACCUAUGGAAUACGAUUAUAUUGGCCAGACGGAGAACCAGGAACCUGGGGCGUCAACGACUGGCAAGAGAAUGUUGUAGAACUCCAUCUUCAAGCAGGAAGAUGGUAUCCCAGCGCCAUGACUAUGGCUAAUGGAUCAAUUCUCGUUGUUGGUGGCGAGGAAGGGUCGAAUGGUGCACCCGUUCCCUCCCUUGAGGUCUUACCAUUGCCUUCUGGCUCUGGGACCGUUUAUUGCGACUACCUGAACCGCACCGAUCCCUACAAUCUCUAUCCUUACCUCGCAGUAUUACCCAGCGGCGGUAUCUUGGUCGCUUAUUACAACGAAGCUCGGAUCCUGAACGAAGUUACUUUGCAGACGCAGAAGGUUCUUCCUAACAUCCCUGGAGCAGUGAACGACUUCCUCGGUGGACGAACUUACCCAUUCGAAGGAACGGCAGUUCUCAUGCCUCAAUACGCACCAUAUUCUGCUCCCCUUACAGUUAUGAUCUGCGGUGGCUCGGUUCCAGGCCCAGAGAUCGCCCUCGACAAUUGCGUUUCCCUUCAGCCUGAAGUGGCUAAUGCAAAUUGGACUAUCGAGCGCAUGCCAUCCAAGCGAGUCAUUUCCAGCAUUUGCGCCCUGCCGGAUGGGACCUACAUGAUCAUGAACGGCGGCCAGCAGGGCCGUGCCGGCUUCGGUCUCGCCACCGAACCUAAUCUCAACGCCGUCCUUUACGACCCAACAAAGCCGCUGAACAAUCGCAUGGGUGUUAUGGCAAACACUACUGUCAUUCGGCUCUACCAUUCCGAGGCUGUGCUGAUGCAAGAUGGAAGGAUCAUAGUCUCCGGCUCCGACCCCGAAGACGUCCGAUUCCCGCAAGAGUACAGAGUCGAGGUCUUCGUCCCUCCCUACCUGCUAACUGGCGCGACACCUCCAAGCUACACUAUCUCAUCCACAGACAUCGCUUACGGUGGUACCACAACGCUCACCGUCUUCCUCCCAUCUGGGAAUUUCGCGAACAUGAAGAUCGCCCUAAUGGCAUCCGUAGCGUCGACUCACGGCAAUUCCAUGGGCCAAAGAACUAUCUUCCCAGCAUAUUCCUGCAAUGGUAAUAAGUGCACAGUAACGGUCCCGCCUAACGCGCAUGUUUGUCCGCCGGGAUGGCAUAUGUUGUUCGUGCUGGAUAAUGGAGUGCCGGGGUAUGCGGAGUGGGUGAGGAUUGGUGGGGAUCCGGCGGAGCUGGGGAACUGGCCUCCGUUUGAUGAUUUUACUGUUCCUGGUAUCUAG